UUCCCUCCAUCAACAAUAUCCAUCCAUACACAAAGCAUGAGAAAUUCAAUGCUCCCCAAAUUCGACUAUUCGAACCAUGCAAUGUCGAUGAGACCAACGGUACUCAGACAGAGCAUUAUCAGGGAAUGAAGCCAUCAUACUUAUUCUAUUCUCCAUCUAAUGCGGAUGCUUUUCAAUGUGCUUUACGAGGAAAGAUUCUACAGUACACCUUCCAAGUCAAACAGAUUAAAUCCGCGCACGGGUUCCUGGGUUCGGCUCAGCCACUAAAGCUGUGGUCUGAUUUCGAUGGAAAGCACCAGUCUGUGUCGUUUCUACAACAAUAUGCCCGGCCAUACUGUCAUGUGGAUAUUCCUCUGUCUAUUCUUGCUACGACGAUAUACACGGACAAUUCGAGAAAUAGGGUCACGGUCGAGAUUCCUGCCCCGAGAUCAGGGAGAGUUAGACGAGCUCUGGAUAGGGCCAUUCGGUGGAUGCAACGUAUGGGCUACUUUCCUAAUCGAUCUUCUAGAGCUCCGUCGGACACUAGUUCCGUGACAGGCGAACAAAGUACGGUAUUUGAAGAUGAAUUAACUCUGGACGACGUGCGAUUCCUCACGUACCUCGCUACCUUGACAAUCGAGUUCUCUUCAUUACAUGGUAUGGUCGAUUUCCAAUGGCCAUUAGCUUCAAUGGCUCAUAUCAAUAUUCAGACGCGAAAUGCUUCGAAACUAAACUGUCCGAAUUCUUCGCUUCAAGAACACGCAUUAUACCGGAGUCACCCUCUCCCGAAAUACCCGAGUCAAUUCCGUCUUCUGGGCAAUCUAUACAUGAAUUAGCCACCUCUGUGUCUGGGCACUAUCUAGAGCACGACCCAGAAUCCCCCCUUGGAGAGUCACUGGAUGUGACCUACU